AUGGCACCACCUUCGAAAGGGUUGACGAGAAAGGGGAAACAAGAGAAGGAGUUUACUGAGGAGGUUGAAAAGAAUGCUGGCCCUAAUUUUCAGGCUUCUCUGCCAUCUGGAUCUGGGUCCUUCAAUUGGUGGGACCAAUUCUCCAAGAGGCUUCGUGGGUCAUUGUCUAAAUCAGUGGAUUCAGCUAAUUUUGAAUUAGUUUUCAAGAUGUCGAGAAGGACUUUUAAGUACAUUUGCUCACUUGUGGAGGAUGCGAUGAUAGCAAAUUCCUCAAAUUUCACUGACCUUAAUGGGCAGCCUUUAGCUCUUGAGGAUCAAGUAGCCAUUGCUCUGAGAAGGUUGAGUUCUGGUGAAUCAAUACAAACUGUCGGUCAUUCCUUCCACAUACACAAAGCAACUGUCAGUAACAUAACUUGGAGGUUUGUGGAAGCUAUGGAAGAAAAUGCAAUCCACCAUAUCCAGUGGCCUUCAACUGGAGCUAAGAUGACAGAGGUGAAGUCGAAGUUUGAGAAACUCGGAGGACUCCCAAAUUGUUGUGGUGCGAUUGACACCACGCACAUCAAAAUGCGUCUACCCACAAGUAAGACCGAAUCAAAUAUGGCCUGGUAUGACAAACAGAAAAACCACAGUAUGAUCCUGCAGGCAAUCGUGGACCCUGAUAUGAGAUUCCUUGAUAUUUUUGCUGGGUGCCCGGGAUGUUUAAGCGACUUCAUUGCAUUAAAAGAAUCAGGUUUCUUCAAACUUUGCAACGAAGGAAAGAGGUUAAAUGGGGAAACAGUGAAACUUCCAGAAGGAACAGAGCUCAGAGAAUAUAUUGUCGGGGAUCUAGGGUUUCCCUUGUUACCAUGGCUCUUGACUCCAUACAGAGGAAAAAAUCUUCCUGAAAAUCAGGCAAGCUUCAAUAGGAGGCACACUGCUACAUGGGAGGUGGCACAAAAGGCCUUAUCACUGCUGAAGGAUACAUGGAAGAUUAUUGAUGGAGAGAUGGGGCAACGAGAUAAAGAUCGGUUACCGGAAAUUGUUCUUGUUUGCUGCCUGCUGCAUAAUAUAAGCAUCGAUUUGAAUGAUGAGGUGCAAAAAGAAAUUCCCAUCACUUAUGUCAAUGACCCUGAAUAUCGUCAGCAAAUUUGUGAUUCAGUUGAUAACGCUGCUGCUGGUAUGAGAUCGGAGUUAUCUCUUUAUCUCUCUGGAAGGGUGCUGCCAGAAUAG